UUUAUUCCCGUCAUUCGAAGCUCUAGGUUUUACACAACAUUAGUCUCGUCCCCUUUAAAGAGCCUCUGUUGUCCUGCGUUACAGGAAGUGUAAGGGGUGUUCCAUCGCUCGCAGGUCCAGCUGAUCUUUUGUAAAGCAGAUGGGAGUGAGAACGACGCUCUUGGUUUACAUAGCUAUCUAAACUGAAGUGUCAUUCUGUGUCCGUGAAUUUGACAGUGGGAGUGUAACUCCGAUCCGUUUAACUGUGAGUCAGUGUCACACUGAGGAUACCUUUUGGAUAUAUCCAGCGCAUUACAUCAGACUGCUUUGGUUUUGUCUUUCUUUGAACCGGGUACUCCUUUUGUCGUACAGACUGUCAUGAGAUCAGUUUGGAGAUGGCAUCCUUUUCAAGUUAUUGUAAGGCGGUCGGAACAGUGGAGGAUGAGAACGGCGAACUGGACCAGUCUCUGCAGCAAAUGUUGAAGGCCAUCGCUGACGAACGGCACCGUUUGAAUAUCCGGCAAGAGCUCAGCGGUCUCGGGUGUUUUAAGGAUGACCGGAUUGUGUUCUGGACAUGGAUGUUCUCCACUUACUUCAUGGAAAAAUGGGCACCACGCCAGGAUGACAUGCUCUUUUAUGUGCGACGAAAGCUUUCCUAUGUCGGUGCAGACAGCACAGAAGGGAAGAAGGUGGAGGUUGAAGUGUACAGAAGGGACUCUAAAAAGCUGCCUGGCCUGGGGGACCCAGACAUAGACUGGGAGGAGAGUGUCUACCUGAACCUCAUCUUACAAAAGUUGGACUAUGUGGUCACAUGUGCUGUCUGCACACGCUCAGAUGCAGGUGACAUCCACAUCCACAAGAAGAAAUCUCAGCAAGUGUUCGCCUCCCCCAGCAAGCACCCGAUGGACAGUAAGGGUGAGGAGUCCAAGAUGAGCUACCCAAACAUCUUCUUCAUGAUUGACAACUUUGAGGAGGUGUUCAGUGAUAUGACUGUGGGAGAGGGAGAGAUGGUCUGUGUGGAGCUGGUGGCCAGUGACAAGAGCACUACCUUCCAGGGUGUUAUCUUCCAGGGCUCCAUCCGUUAUGAAGCCCUCAAGAAGGUCUACGACAACCGGGUGAGCGUGGCUGCUAAAAUGGCCCAGCGCAUGUCCUUUGGCUUCUAUAAGUACAACAACAUGGAGUUUGUGCGGAUGAAGGGCCCACAAGGGAAGGGUCAUGCUGAGAUGGCCGUGAGCCGAGUGCCCACUGGGGACACCUCACCUUGCGGCACUGAGGAGGAGCAGGACUCUCCUUUACAUGAGAGGGUGACCUCGUUCAGCACUCCCCCCACACCCGAGAGGAACAGACCCUCCUUCUUCUCUCCUUCCCUGCGCCGUAAAGUGCCCCGAAACCGUAUUGCUGAGAUGAAGAAAUCCCACUCCGCCAACGACAGCGAGGAGUUCUUCAGGGAAGAGGACGAUGAAGAUCUUUGCAACACCACAAACCUGCGCUCGCGCUCCCUGUCCGGCACUGGCCGCUCUCUAGUGGGCUCCUGGCUGAAGCUGAACAGGACAGAGGAGUACUUCCUCCUCUACUCCCACCUCACCUACGUCACUCUUCCUCUGCAUCGAAUAACCACAGAUAUUCUGGAAGUGAGACAAAAGCCCAUUCUGAUGACAUAGCAGGUCCUGACUUCCCUAGAACAUGCAACUAAGUGCCUCUCCACACCAGGCCCCUGAGACAACACCGCCAUCUAGCGUUCAGACAGAGAACCAAAAAAACGACAACAAAAGGAGAAGAGAAUAAAAGAGAACUAAAGACAUAUAAAAACCAGCCAAUCAAGAAGUGCCUCUUCCACCCGUUCUUCUGUGUGCUCCAUGAGUCACUGUCUGUGUGUGGACACCAUGGCAACUGCCUGGGCAGUGAAACACCCUGUGAGACUGCUUGUCCAUCAGUUCAGCUCAGGCUUAGAACUGAAGCAGUACUGGUUAACACCCCCACCUGCGAGCAAAA